AGCAUCUCACCAGCGACAACAUGACCGGCGUAGUGUACUCAAAAUUCCCGCAUGAGAAACUCCGCUCAAUCCAACAAUCCGACUCUCAUAAGCCACUAACACUGGAAUAUAUCGCAGAAGGCAAUGCCAACAUUGUUUACACCUUUAAGCCCAUCGCCGACGAGCCAGUCAACCUGGGCGUCCGACAAAAACUCUUACGACUGAGAAAGGACAAAUCAUUCAUUCAGUCAACCCAAUCACAAUAUAUCACCUUUCAACGAGAAUUUCUCCCGUUGUUCCGCCCCGAGAAUAUUGUCGAGCAGACUUUGAUCACGCUGGAUGAAUCACUUAUCGAAUCUCUCAACCAAAGGCUUGCAGAGCAUGAAAGCACAGGGGCUCGUAAAGACGUUCGGCAUGGUGACAGACUGGCUGUUGAUGAUCACGGCUUAUUGAUGACCGACAUGACCGCUCAACAUGGCGAGUUUCUGUUCGAGAUCAAGCCCAAAUGGCUACAGCAAUCGCCCGAUGCGCCGCGAGACUCGAUCCGAUGCAGGACCUGUGCAUUGAGGAUGCAGAGGGACCACAUGAAGGCUGGAGGUGCCGUGAUUCCGACACGAGGCGGCUUCUGUCCCCUUGGUCUCAUUGAUGUUGAUAUUGAAGAAAGACGAAGAGCUUUUAGGAACAUCAUCGAAGCACAAGCCAAUGAGCUAUCACAUACGACAGUCGGAGAAAUCGUGAAUUAUCUCGCGGAAGAAGGGUACCAAGUCCUGAGCGAUCUUCGCAAGCACCAAGCACAGUUUGACAAACACGGACUGUUGGGUCGCGAUCCUGAGGACAUCUCUGACGACUAUUCGAAAGCCAUGACACUCCGUGACUGCAUGUUGUUCGUCAAAGGCUCUUUAAAUGCAUUUGCCAAUACAGCAGAUAUCCGUCUAGCAGACCUGGACUUCAAGCAUGCCCACCCAGACAAGGUUCAGAAAUGGAAGAGUACCGAAAGAACUCUCGUAGAUCAAGGCUGGUACACAAGCACUGAGGUCGAUGAGGGGUAUGAGCCCCGGUGUUUACUUACUCGAAGGUCACUAUGAACCAUUUAGGCAGUGCUGCCGGAACAUAGCCAGGUUCUUUGUCUGCAUCACCAGAAGUUCACUGAAAGGUCGAGGCGAGUCGGUCCGUGGAACUCUGAGAUGCGUGUAUAUCCUGGGCCUUGGCAAAUUCUGUGGUAGACGACUAUCUCAUUUGAGUGAACGGGGCCUGUUCGGCAGGCAUCAAUUGGAGCAGACGAAGCCUGAUAAUACACAACUGAUCAUUUUGCCUGACAACCACUUUUCGGUACUUGGGUACGGGGACUGCAGGCACGGCUGCGGAGAUAUGCAUUGAUAAUCACAUGCGUUUUGAAGAAUCGCUAAGCCUUGC